CCCUGAGGAGCUCUCACCUGAGCGGGGCGAGUCGCGGGCUGGCGGCUAGCGACAGAUGAGAAGAGAACACGUCUGCUGGCGGAGGGCGCAGUGCUGCGAGUGAGAGGAGGAGAGCGAGAGCGGCUGCGGUGACGACAGCGACCGAAAAAAUGCGGGACGUCUCACUGCCUUCUGGGAACCACGGAUGUGCGCGUGCACUUCAAGUGCACUGCGAAUAGCUAGCCAGUGCUGCCACUCUUCGACAAAACAAAUGGUGUAGUAUGGUCGGCUAUACAUCAACCUGCAUCGUUUAUAUUCCCACAAAUUCUUACUUUUAUUUCAAACCAAUUGGGUGUGAGAUCAAAAGUCCAGUAUAUGAGUAUUGAAACUAAUGUCAUCUAUACAACCGUCUCAGUCCACGUUGCACAACGUGCGUACUGAUAAGAAAAGGAACAAACUAAACACAAGCAAGCAGAAGGCACUACAGAAGUUGAGGAGAGGAGGAACGUCGGAACCGUAGGUCGUGGAGUCGGUAGAGAAACUGGUUGUAGUGUUUGCACGAAGGACCUGAGAUUCGUUUCAUGGUCUCUGGCAUGUCAUUGUGAGCCGAGGAAGUCCCGUCGGCGCCAGGAUGCCCUCGCCGCACGAGAGGCUGAUGCGCAGGGGUGGGUCCUGGAUGUGGUGCGUCAAGACCGUCAAGUGGUUCCCAGUGAUCUUCAUCGUGUCUGUCAUCCUCUGGUCCUAUUACGCAUACGUCAUACAGCUAUGCUUACUUACUGUUGUGUCUAAUAUCCAAAGGGUUGUCUACAUUGUUCUUUACCAUGCUUUCUUGUUGUUCUUUUUGUGGUCAUAUUACCAAACAAUUUUCAAUUCCAUUGGGAAGGUUCCAAGUCAGUUCCGUCUUCCAGCAUCAGAGCUGGACAGACUCAUGCAGGCUGAAAGUGAUGAAGCCAAGAUCCAGGUUGUAAAACGAUUUGCUCAGAACUUGCCUAUAAGUAACAGAACAGCAUCAGGUGCUGUUCGUUUCUGUGAGAUAUGUCAGCAUGUUAAGCCUGAUAGAGCUCACCACUGCAGCGUUUGUGGUGAUUGUGUUCUGAAGAUGGACCACCACUGUCCUUGGGUCAACAAUUGUGUGUCAUUCACAAAUUAUAAAUUCUUCACAUUGUUUUUAGGCUAUGCAUUUUCGUAUUGUAUGUUCAUUGCCUUGACCACUCUGCAGUUUUUCAUCAAAUUUUGGAAGAAUGAAUUAAAUGGAAUGGAACACUUUCAUAUUCUUCUGCUGUUUUUUGUUUCCAUUAUGUUUGCAUUAAGCCUUGUGUCCCUAUUUGGAUAUCAUUUAUACCUUGUUGUGCAUAAUCGAACUACACUUGAAUCAUUUCGCCCACCUGUCUUCCAAACUGGACCAGACAAAAAUGGAUUCAGCUUGGGAAAAUUCAACAAUUUCCAGGAGGUGUUCGGGGACAAUAAAAACUUAUGGCUACUUCCAGUAUAUUCAAGUUUGGGCGACGGUGUGACGUUCCCCGUCAGGGCGCAGCACCAAUCUAACUUGUACAACUCAAUGGGCAGUACCCACAACAGCCUUGGUGAUGGAGUGACAUUUCCCCAGCGCUGUAUUGAUGAGGAUACCGACUCGCUGCUUGGGGGCUGCCAGAGAUGGGAUGACAACGAAGCCGGAUGCCAACGAUGGCUGGAGUCUGAGGCCACUUCACACCACCACGUCCAGCAGGACGACUCUGAUUCAUCAUCUGCAGUCCCUGACAUUGUUAUCAUGAACUGAAUGCCAUAUCUUAUCUGUGAUCUUUGCCUCACUUAUUUCAUUCCAGGACAAGGAACAAUUUUAUUUGAACACACUAAAAAUGAAUGUAUUGUAUCCACUAAUGUAUCGUAGCUGAGGCAGAUUUCUGGAGGUUUCCAGAAUACUGGUAAAGUAACUUUUAAUAAGCUCUGCGUUGAGCACAAGUUCAGUUUCAGAAUGAACCAGUAUUAUUGUAUCAUCCCAACACGUACAUCUGUAGGGGGUACUAUUUCUAGUCUAAACAAAUAAAUGCCAUCAGCUUUACUAUGAAUCUUCUAUAAUUGAUAUGAGAUCUGUGUCAUAGCACUAUGAUACCUCAUUUAGAAGUACACACAGUUAUGGGCAUCUGCAUAAAACAUGACCAUACAUCCGACAAUAUUUUAAGACUGAUUCAACAAUAGUUUGCACUGCUGAUUUUUAUUUUUUAUUUAUAGAGAGAGUUGUAUACAUUCAUGACAUCAAUAAAACUUGAGUCAAAAAUGUU